AUGUCUGCGCUUUCCGGCUCAUCACCCGCGGCGACAGAGGCACCGCAGCAGGAGCAGGACUUCCUGGGCUUGUACGGCGGCAACGCGCCGUCCGGUCCGACCCCGAGUCAGAGCCGCUUCCAGGUCGAUCUGGUGGCCGAGGCGGCCGGAGCUGAUCACACCAGCACUACUAAUGAUGAUGAUGAUGAGGGUAAGAGCGGCCGGGCGCGCGGGGAUGAGGCGGGGGGCGGAGAGGAGGCGAAGGGCCGCUUCCGCGUGGUGAACUUCGCAGACGCCAGCGGGGCCCCGAGUCCAGACGCGGCGCCGGGAGACGGCCUGCAGAACGGCGACACGGCGCUUAGCGAGGGCAGCGUGCACUCCUCCACCGGCGGCCAGCAGCACUACCACUACGACACGCACACCAACACCUACUACCUGCGCACAUUCGGACACAACACCAUCGACGCCGUGCCCAAGAUCGACUUCUACCGCCAGACCGCCGCACCGCUGGGCGAGAAGCUCAUCAGACCCACCCUGUCCGAGCUGCACGAUGAGCUGGAUAAGGAGCCGUUUGAGGACGGAUUUGCCAACGGUGAUGAGCUGACUCCUGCUGAAGAGGCUGCGGCCAAAGAGGCAGCCGAGCCCAAAGGGGUGGUGAAGUUUGGAUGGGUCAAAGGAGUGCUGGUCCGCUGCAUGUUGAACAUUUGGGGUGUGAUGCUCUUCAUCCGCAUGACAUGGAUCGUGGGCCAGGCUGGAAUUGUGUGCACCUGCAUCAUCAUCACCAUGGCAACCGUCGUGACCUCCAUCACAGGCUGCUCCACCUCAGCCAUAGCGACCAACGGUUUUGUGCGAGGAGGAGGGGCAUAUUAUUUGAUAUCUCGAAGUUUAGGCCCCGAGUUUGGUGGCUCUAUUGGGCUCAUCUUUGCUUUUGCCAACGCUGUGGCAGUGGCCAUGUACGUCGUGGGCUUUGCUGAGACUGUCGUUGAGCUGCUUCAUGAAGCGAAUCUCGUCAUGCUCGAUCAGAUUAAUGACAUCCGAAUCGUAGGAAUCCUCACCGUCAUUAUCCUGCUUGGGAUCUCCGUGGCAGGCAUGGAGUGGGAGGCCAAGGCUCAGAUCUUCCUGCUGGUCAUCUUAAUCACUGCCAUCUUCAACUACUUUAUCGGCUUAUUCAUUCCAACUGAAGUGAAGAAUUAUCAAGGAUUCUUCGGCUAUAAUUCUGGUAUCAUGCUGGAAAAUUUAAUACCAGACUUCAGAGGAGAAACCUUCUUCUCUGUCUUUGCCAUCUUCUUCCCAGCAGCUACUGGCAUUCUGGCUGGUGCUAACAUCUCAGGAGAUCUUGCGGAUCCACAAAUGGCGAUCCCGAGGGGAACACUUUUAGCCAUUGUUAUUACAGGCAUCGUCUACAUAGGUGUUGCUAUAAGUGCAGGAGCCUGCAUUGUGAGAGAUGCCACAGGUUUUAAGGUCAACGAUACAAGGCCAAACUGCACUGGUGCUGAAUGCUCAUUUGGUUAUGACUUUUCCUCCUGCAAGCCUUUUAACACAACUGAGUCCAUUUGUAAGUAUGGACUCCACAAUGAUUUUCAGAUUAUGAGUGUGGUCUCAGGUUUCGGGCCCCUCAUCACAGCCGGCAUUUUCUCCGCAACUCUUUCCUCUGCCUUGGCCUCUCUGGUCAGCGCUCCCAAAGUGUUCCAGGCUUUAUGCAAGGACAAUAUUUACCCUGGCAUUGCUGGUUUUGGUAAAGGCUACGGCAAGAACAAUGAACCCUUGCGUGGCUACUUUCUUACAUUUGGCAUUGCCAUAGCCUUCAUCCUUAUUGCCGAGCUGAAUGUCAUUGCACCAAUCAUUUCGAACUUCUUCCUGGCCUCAUAUGCCCUGAUCAACUUCUCAGUGUUCCACGCCUCUUUGGCAAACUCUCCCGGAUGGAGGCCGAGCUUUAAGUACUACAACAUGUGGGUGUCUCUGGCUGGAGCUGUGCUCUGCUGCGUAGUUAUGUUCGUCAUCAACUGGUGGGCUGCGCUCCUGACCAACGUCAUCGUCUUAUCCCUCUACAUCUACGUCAACUACAAAAAGCCAGAUGUGAACUGGGGCUCUUCGACCCAGGCGCUGACCUACCACCAGGCCCUCACACACAGCUUGCAGCUCUGCGGCGUCGCCGACCACAUAAAGACCUUCAGGCCACAGUGUUUGGUGAUGACCGGAGCCCCUAACUCUCGGCCUGCUCUGCUUCAUCUGGUCCAUGCCUUCACCAAGAAUGUUGGCCUGUUGAUGUGUGGCCACGUGCGAACUAGCUCUCGGAGGCCCAACUUUAAGGAGUUGAACAAUGACAUGCUGCGCUACCAGCGCUGGCUUCUCAACAACACUAAAGCUUUUUACACCCCCGUUAUUGCUGAGGACCUCCGCUUGGGCACCCAGUACCUUCUGCAGGCUGCCGGACUCGGGAGACUGAGACCAAACACACUGGUGCUGGGCUUUAAGAACGACUGGAUGAAUGCGGAUAUGAAGGAUACAGAGACCUACGUCAAUAUGAUGCAUGAUGCUUUCGACUUCCAGUACGGCGUGGUCAUUCUCAGACUGAGAGAAGGGCUUGAUAUUUCUCAUAUUCAAGGCCAAGACGAUACCUCAGGCAUGAAGGACGUAGUGGUGUCCAUCGACCUGAGCAAAGACUCAGACGGAGACUCGUCCAAGCUCUCCUCGAAGACCACGAGCGUGCAGAACAGCCCAGCUGUCCAAAAAGAAGAUGAUGAGGAUGGCAAAGCUCCUACACAGCCCCUAUUGAAAAAAGAUAAAGCGAGUCCCACAGCGCCCCUGAAUGUGGACGAUCAGAAGUUGCUGGAGGCCAGUCAGCAGUUUCAGAAGAAGCAGGGAAAAGGAACAGUGGAUGUCUGGUGGCUGUUCGACGACGGUGGUCUCACGCUGCUCAUCCCGUAUUUGCUUACCAACAAGAAAAAGUGGAAGGAUUGUAAGAUCCGCGUGUUCAUCGGCGGGAAGAUCAACAGGAUCGAUCAUGACCGCAGAUCGAUGGCCACGCUGCUCAGCAAGUUCAGGAUAGACUUCUCUGAUAUCACAGUUCUUGGGGACAUCAAUACAAAACCCAAGACUGAGAGACUAGAAGAGUUUUCCCAAAUGAUUGAGCCGUAUAGGCUGAGAGAAGAUGACAUGGAGCAGGAGGCAGCGGAUAAGUUAAAGGCCGACGAGCCCUGGAGGAUCACCGAUAACGAGAUAGAGCUUUACAAGGCCAAGAGUAAUCGUCAAAUCCGACUGAACGAGCUUUUGAAGGAGCACUCAAGCACAGCCAACCUCAUUGUCAUGAGUAUGCCCUUGGCCAGAAAAGGGGCAGUCUCCAGUGCUAUGUACAUGUCCUGGCUGGACACCCUGUCCAAGGACCUCCCUCCCAUCCUCUUGGUUCGUGGCAACCAUCAGAGCGUCCUCACGUUCUACUCUUAAACGUUCCGAUUCUCACCGAUCCUGUAAAGCACACCUUGAUGAUAAGCAGACACUCAACACAAAUCUGCACACACCAACACAAACAGCGUAGAUUACCUUGGACUGUCGGGUAAUGAGUGUGACGGACAAGUGGACAGUACAGAGACUGAGAGCAUCUUCUUCGUGUUUGUAGCUCAGUGAUGUUUGCCACUGAGAGAUCACACGGAAAACUGAAAAUGAGAAUUUUGGGAAAUGCUUCAUCCAGGCAUCGGGAGGGGAAAAUAUAUAUAUACAUCUGAGAAACCGUUCAGUGAUUUUAAGGUCACGUUUCUGACUUUUCUUUUUUGGCUCACAGGUAAAUCUGAGCAUGUUGUUCUGAGCACCAUUAGCAUCACUAGAAUUAUGACAAUAAAUUGUGAAUAUAU